AUGAGUGUUCCAAUUGUUCCUUUUGGAAAACAAUUCAGAGCUAAAUAUUUCACUAAUAUGGAUGAUGAUGUAUUUCCCAUCAACCACGGGUCUUAUGGCUUGACCCCUACCCCAGUCCACAAAAAGUAUUUGGAGUUGAUUGUCCAAAAUGCAUCAUACACUGAUAAAUUUAUGAAGUAUGAUAUUAAAGAUAUUUAUAUUGAGUCGUUGAAGGCAUUAGCUAAAGUGCUCAAGUGUGAUUACCAUCAUCUAGCCUUCGUGGAUAAUGCUACCUCUGGUGUGAAUACAAUAUUGCGUAGUUACCCUUUUAAGAAAGGUGAUAAGUUAGUUAUUCAAAGCACAGUUUACGGAGCUUGUGGGAACACGGUCAAGUUCUUGCAUGACAGAUAUGGAGUUGAGUUUAUUGUUGUGAAUUUAAACUACCCAAUAACUGAUGAGGAAAUAUUGUCUAAAUUUGAACGAAUGUUUGUUGAAGAAAAACCGAAGCUUUGUUUGUUUGAUACUAUAUCAUCUAUGCCGGGAGUUGUUUUCCCCCACGAGAGAUUGGCAAAGCUUUGUAAUAAGUAUCUGGUUUUGUCAUUAAUUGAUGGUGCGCAUGGAAUUGGUUGUAUUCCACAGGAUCUAGGAGAUUUGAAACCAGAUUUCUACGUUACAAACUUGCAUAAAUGGUUUUAUGUUCCAUUUGGAUGUGCUGUUUUGUAUAUUGACCCUAAGCACCACAAUGUUGUUCAUACUUUACCAAUUAGUCAUCUGUAUCUUGAAGAUCAUGUCAAAUUAUCCGACAAAGAUCAGAAAAACAGAUUAAUUGACAGAUUUUUCUUUUACGGGACCAAAAAUUAUGCGUCAAUUCAAGUUAUUCCGGAAGCUAUUAAAUUUAGAACUGAGGUUUGCGGUGGUGAAACAAAGAUUUAUGAUUAUUGCCACGGCUUAGCUAAACAGGUUGGUGAGUUGGUUUCAAGAAAAUGGGGGACUUCAUAUUUAGACCAAAAAGGUUCUACUUUGAUCAGUACUAUGGUUACGGUUGAGGUUCCUACCAAAGAUUAUCCUGAGAUUGUGAAGAAUUGGUCUGUUAUUGAUGAUCAUGUUUAUAAUAAAAUGUUUGAUCGUAAGGCUUACACCCCUUGUAUUGCCCACAAUGGGAAAUUGUUUGCUAGAUUUUCAUGUCAAGUUUACAAUGAAUUGAGUGACUACGACUAUGCAAGUGAUGUUGUGAUACAAACUCUUAGAGAAGUCGCCUCCGAACAAUACAAAAAGUAUAAGUUAUAG